UCCUCUCUGUAGGAGCACAGUGGCUUCGAAAAACACACAUGCACGCAUACACACAAAGCUCAAGCUUCUCGAGCUACGCAAAGCAGCACUGUGUGUUGUCAGUGUGUUGAUGAGGUGGCUGAGCCUCGUGGAGUAAAGCAGCUUACAGAUGAUUGGGUGUGCUUGUGGGCAAUGUUUUGUUUACGUUUCGUCUCCCGUAUGAUUAACGCGAAGCACAUUGCCAAGCACAUCACCGAUCUCCCACCCUCGCCUACCCUCGAGCCAAUUAAACGAACUAACGAGAACGAAACGGUUGCCACGAUAUUGCCGUGCGAGAAAGAGAGAUAUAGAGCGAAAGAGGCUGAUAGUUUUCUUCGAACAGUCUCAGCUGUGAGCAACGAGUGAAAACAGCGAUAAAAAGUAGAAGAAAAUCCCGACCGCAGUAGCACGGGCCGCCAGCAGCAGCAGCAGCAGCAGCAGGUCGUGUGUCGUUCCCGAUGCAGUGUAUUGUGUUCGGUAGCAUAUCGACGGUUGUUGUCCACCCUUAAAAAGGGACAGCCGGGCGCACUGCAAUUGCAUAAAAUUUGGUACGGGAGUGCAUCCACCAUACACAUUAGUGCCAGGAGGUGAAGGAUGAACAGCGAGUGAAAUUUCGUGUGUGUUGGCAAACGCAAGCAACAGCAGCAGCAGAUCAAACGCGAUGACGACGAUGAUGAUGGUGGAUAACUUUGAGUGUGCUGGAUACACGUUCUACUCAAAGUUCGAUUCCGGCAACCUGGGCAAGGUUGAGCUAGUACGAUGCUGUGAAGGGCUAGGCAUCGUUGGCAACACGGUGUCGAACGUUGUUGGGGCGGUAUCUAGCAGUGCUCCCGUUGUCGGUUCGGCAAGCAAUCAAACCGUGCCGGGCACGGGCAUUACCAGCGCUUCCGCCAUUGUAGCAGCAACACUUGGUAUAGGUUUGCAACAGCAGCAGCAACACCAUGGACUGCUUUCAUCGGCCACCGGAAGUGGUUCAACCGCCACUACUGGCGUGAGCUCCCUUGGCAUGCCCAUACCCUCACCAACACCGCACGCUACAGAAAACCCGCUGGUAGAGGUAGAAUUCAAUUUGUGGACACGGCCCGACUGCGCUGGCACGCCGUACGAGAAUCAGAAUCGCACCUGGUUCCAUUUCGCGGUGACGGGCGGCCGACCGAAUCAGAUCGUAAAGUUCAAUGUGAUGAAUCUGAACAAGCAAGCCAAACUGUUCAGCCAGGGUAUGCACCCGGUCACGAAGGUUGGCCCCAAUGGGCGGUGGGAGCGAAUCAAAGAUAAACCAUCCUAUUCGAUCUCGAACGAUGUGUUUUUCAUCUCUUUCCUGCACAAGGUGCCGGAGGUGGGUGGCGACCAGACCCGAAUCUAUUACGCAUUCACCUUUCCCUUCACGUACACCGAGCUUCUGGAGCAGUUGGGCACCUUCGACCGAAAGUAUGGCCGGCAUCCGUUCGAGCUGAACAAGAUGGCGUACGAAAUUUCGCAAAAGUACGACAAACUCCCGGCGGCCGGUAUGGAAGAGACGAAAAACAUAUCCAACCUGGCGCCACACCGUCGAAAAGGCAAGCUUGCGAAGAUGGAGCGUGUCGACCGUACCAGCCCCGAAUCGUUCGAUGAGACGGCACGCGACGGUGUUGGUCAGCAGGGAGUUCCCUUACCGAGCAAAGAGACCGGGCCGGAAGCGAACAAACUUCAGACUGCCGCCCCAGCGCUGGGAGCCGGUGGUGGCAUGAUUGUUGACGAAAAUACCUCUGAAUCAAUGCAGCAAAUUACGAAUCUUGUAAAUAAGGUGAAAAUAGAGUUACCGACUUCAUCUGGCGCUGGUGCGCUGGCCGGUGCUGAAGCGAAACCCACAACCGCACAAUCGUCGUCCUCAUCGGCGUGCUCAACGAAACUGAAGUUACCGUCGUUUCAUCAUCAGCUCAGCGUGGCAUCAUCAUCGUCCACAGCGAAUCCUGCACAGCCCGAGGACGAUUCGAAAACGGACCCACGCGAUGAAAUCUACUACUGCCGCGAGCUGCUAACGCACUCGAUCGAACGGCGCCGGAUCGAACUGCUCACGAUCAGCUCGUUUCACAAGAUCCAACCGGCGCGCGAGGUACGCCUGCGCAAUCUGUUCCCGGACGAGGACGCUCAACGCUGCCAUACGUUUAAGGAUAAGAAAAUCGUGUUCAUCUCGUCCCGCGUGCAUCCGGGUGAAACGCCGGCCAGCUUUGUGUUGAACGGAUUUCUCACCAUGCUGCUGGAUCGGAAGAGUGUCGUGGCGCAGACGUUGCGGCGGAUGUACGUGUUUAAAAUUAUUCCCUUCCUAAACCCGGACGGCGUUUACAAUGGGUUGUAUCGCUCGGAUACGCGCGGCCACAAUCUGAACCGUGUGUACAUAAGUCCGUGUCACGAGACGCAACCGGCCAUCUAUGCGGCCAGGAAAUUGAUUCGAUACUACCAUCUCGGCGUGGAUGAAGUGGAACCGUAUGAGUUGGAAAAGGAAGCGCCAGCACCAUCGUUGAAUGUAUCGGUUGAGGGUGACCAGGCAGGAGUAGCGGCACCGGUGGAAGGAUCCGCACCCACACUGGAUGUAGCGAGUGGCAGUGGGAAUGUGGCUCUCAAGAAAGUGAAGCGAUUGUCCUCCACCAUGUCGCUGGAAGGAUCGACAAGAAAGCGUCGCACACCGCCCCUAUCCAGCACCCCGUCCGUUCCGACCAUUCCGAGUGAGCGAAGAUCCGUAAUCGCUUUCGUAACACCCACCGCCGAAUCCGCGGCCAGUUUGUCGAAUCGUCCCAAAGCAACCGCCCCGCUGGCCACGACGUGGUCGGAUAAAAUUUUCGCCAAAAUUCUGCGGCGCCGUCGGGCAAAGGCUGCUACGGCGUCAUCAGUCGAUGGUGCGACUGCUGCCGGCGGUGGAAAACUGUCCCCAAUAGCACAGGCUCUCCCAAAGCCGACGCUUCUGUUGCCUGCGGUUGAGGAAGAAGCAGCUGCGGCCAGCCCGGUCAGCCCGGCAACUCCUACCGCUAACAAUCGCACGACAACCGCUUCCAAUGCAUCGUCGCCACUCACCGAUGAAUCGGAUUCAGUGGAGCAAGAUACUCCGGCAGCGUCCGAUUCCGGGUUUAGCGAAGCGAGCUCCACGUCCUCUUCACUCACCACCACUUCGAAGGCUGUUUCUGUGUCGUCAUUGCCCACCCAAUCGUCUGCCGACUCUAGCGGCUGCCCUCCGGCCGAAGACACUCUCCCGGAAGUCAGUUCAGUUCCUGCAGUGGUGCAACCGCCGACCCUCGUAGCGGCCGCUACGACAGCCGCAGCACAAGUCUUCACCGAGAAACUCAUUCCGGAGCUAAAUCCGAUCGUUAGCGAAGGCAGUGCCAUCAACGUUGGCCCUGCUUCCGUCGUCCGUCCAGGUGGUCGUAGCGGCUCGAGUUUGAGCCUUAAGAAAUCCGUGCAUACGGUCGCGGCCAGGGUCGAUACGGGGAAGGGUUCGACUGGGAGCAAGGGCCCACAUCAUAAGGGUGGGCACGCGCUGAACAAAUCGCACCAGUUUCUUGGCGCUCCGCCGGGCACGCUCAAGUUCAAAGAGUUUCUGGUUCACCCACACCACCACCAUCACCAUCAUCAUCAUCACCAUCACCAUCAUCAUCAUUUGAGCGGCGGAGCAGCUGCAGCGGCACCAUCCGGUGGUGGUGGUGGUGGCGGAGGGGUCGUGCAAGGCCAGGUCGUCGCUACACUGCACGGUGGAAAAAUGGCACUGGGGCCGUUUAAGAAAGGUGCUGGCAGUGGGAAACAGCACGCAUCGUCUUCCUCGACAUCUUCCUUGAUUGGUGUGAGUGGCACGGCAGGGCGAACCGUUGCCGGUGGUGGAAGUGUCCUUGGCGAGGUCGGAACCACGGCCUCGGGAGGCAAAACCCGUCCCCAAACGCCGCAAACAAACAGUGCCGCACAGUACAGCCACUAUCGAUCGCACCGCAACGAGUACCUGAAUCCGAUGACGGGACCAGGCGGACCAGGUGGUGGUGGUGGUGGUGUGGGGAGUGUUGGCGGGCCGCGCAGUUUGAACAUCAGCGUGGACUUUCUGGCCCAGCUCGACGAGCGACAUGAUCGGGCAGUGUACGAGGAUCGCAGCAAUCUCUUCAUGUACAUCGAUCUGCACGGACACGCCUCGAAGAAGGGCGUCUUCAUGUACGGCAACCAUCUGCCCAACACGGUGGAAGCCGUGGAGUGUAUGCUACUGCCCCGGUUGAUGAGUCUCAACUCGCAACAUUUUCACUUCGAUGCGUGCAAUUUCAGCGAGCGCAAUAUGUACUACAAAGGCAAACGGGACGGCCUGUCGAAGGAAGGAUCGGGCCGGGUAGCCGUCUACAAAACGACCGGGCUGAUCAAGAGCUACACGCUGGAAUGCAACUAUAAUACGGGCAAAUGUGUCAACAUAUUGCCGCCCCGAGGCAAGGAAAUUGUCGCUAAAACGACGCACACGCUCGUACCGCCCAAGUACACACCGGCCGUAUUCGAGGAGGUUGGCAAAGCCCUUGGACCGUCGAUAUUGGAUCUGACCAAUUCGAACCCACUGUCCCGGUUGCCGAACUGCGAGUUCCGGACACUGCAGGGACUAAGGAAUGCGCUGCGGAUCGAGAUCGAACGCGGCUCGUCGAAGGCACGCGUCACUAAUAAGACCCAGAAGUCCCACACGAAGCGGCUCGCCAAUCAGGUGUCCUGUACGAUAGACGUUGCGAAGGAAAAUGCGAUCCAGUGGGAUCCCCACCAUCAUCAUCACCACCACACGCUCGUCGGCUCGCCGGUUGGAGCCGGUACCGGUGGCCAAUCGGUCGGACCCACCGUCGUCGUCCCAGCGUCGGUGGUGCAAGGUGGUACGAGCUUGUGCAAAAUUGUAAGCGACACGGAAAACUCGCCCACGCUCGGUACCGCCGGUGGCAAUGGGAAUGGAAAUGCUGGCGGAACCGGUGGCGGAACCGGAUCCAGCAGUCGGCAGGUGCUGAAAACGGCGGGCACUACCGUCGUCACGCUGAAAACGUCCUCCAGUACCGGUGGUGGUAAGAUCUGUCGCAAGGUGGGCGCGUUCGGUAAGCCCAAGAAAUCGAAGGUGCUGUGCGAUGUCGGAGGAGGAGGAGGAGGAGCAGGAGGAGGGGUGGUUGGUGGUGCGAUGGCGGGAGUAGGUGGGACCGGCAGUGGGAAGAAAAUGCAGGAGUUGAUGCUCCGCAGCACCAAGGAACAAGUGCCUCGCAAGAAGAUCAAAGUGUCCCCGCAGCAGCAGUGCAACGCGAUGCAGGAGCUCUGCUUUAAGGGUGGUCUUGGAUCGGGUUCGUUGCCCAACUUUCUCACCGUGGUGCCGGGCACACUGUCCGACCUGCCCGGCGCGCUCGUUCCCGGGAAGAAGGUCAAAUCGGAAAGCAAGCUGCUGGACGUGAACGACAUUAUGCAGUGUGACGACAGUUUCGAUGCGGCACCGUGCUGCUCGUACACCGCCGUUCCGCUGGCAUCGGGCACGAUCGUAACCACGGCGGCGGGAAUCACGAAGCUAAUCUCGACGUACACGCAGGCCAGUACCACCGAUCUACACACAGGCACGGAAGAGCUGAUCAGUCUCGGGUGUAGUGGGGACGUUGUUGCGUCCCCCGUCGGUCCCGUAGCGUCCAUCGAGAGUACGGGCGGGAGUGUUGGUGUCGCUGGCGGUAGCAUCGCAAGCGCAAGUAGCGGCAGUAGCAGCGGGGAAGGUAAGAGUGGAAAGUUUGGGAAGAGCACGCUCAAACCAUCGAAGCAGGCGAAGCUGGCCAAAUCGACGAAAUCAGGCAACGAUACCACCGGCAAGAAGCUGCUGAAGAAGAAGCGUUCCCUCAAGACCGACUCAACGAGCCUGAAGCGGAAGAAGACACGCGUUAAGCCGGCGCUAACCUAGGCGGAGGAAGUAGUGCAAUCGAAGUGGGGGUGCUUUUGAGGCGUAUUUAUUUACACAAAAAAGAAAAAAACAAAAACCGAACGAAUCAGUAUAUUUUCCUUCGCUUCCUAGGAACGUGCGUGCCGCCGGCCCUGGUUCCAGGCGACCGUUCGAUCAAUAUUUGACUUGCCACUGAAAGUGGGAACAUUGCAUUAUGCUGCUUUUGGUUUUGCUUUAUGCUUAGUUACGUACGUAUUCAGACUUUAUUCAGAUUUUCUGUAGCUCAAGUGUGAUAUUGCUAUCCGUAUUAUGUGUUACUCAAAAGAGUUUCGAGAGAGGGAAAGUGAGAGAAAGAGAGAGGUUUCUUUAAUCACUAUUUUUCUAUAAUUUUUUCGUUGCUUAAUCUAAGUCUUUUCGUCUGUUAAAUCAGCAGUGUGAGGUGUAGACAGAUUUGACCGUUUUCUAACCACUGUUCGGGCUACUGACACGGAUCACUAUGACUACCACCACCACUGCACUGACUACUACCUACUGAAAUGAUUAUUUCCAGACAAGAACAAUAUGACCGUAACCGUGUGUUCACGUAGGCCCGCCGCUCGGGAGUGAUAUGAUUUUGCUUUGUAAGAUUUCGCGCGUGUUUAUAUCAUCAUUUAAUCGUCACAUCGCACACUGCAUCAUUUAUACAUUAUACCCGUUGUAUUAUUUAACAAAAAAGAAAACGAGCUGAAACGGAAAGGGAGAAAGGAAACGACGACGUACGUGCCUGAGGGGUGGAUGAUGGUGGUUGGUCAAAGGAAAGACGCUUUUUCGCACGCAUCAUUCGGAAUGGAUAGGUGGCCGCGCCUCGCCAACAACAGCCACGAAGCAUUUUUGUUUGUUUGUUUGUUUUAUUAAUCGGUAGUAUUUUGAACCUUUGUUACCAUGUACCCGGCGGACAUCAUCUGCGUGCACCACUACGGAAAGAUGUACAGUGUGUAGCGUGUGUAAUGCACACCAAGAGCAAGACUUGUGUAUGCAAGUACGGCAACAUCGUGAUAAGCGGAAUAAAGAUGGGACAUUUGCCCCGGGGAGAGUGUAAACAGGAUGAAAUAAAGAGCAGAAUGCUGGAAUAAAAUGCGUGUUUGAGCUUAA